AUGGUGAUGGCGUUGGAAAGGCGAGGAGGUGGCAGUGGUGGUUCCAUUCGUGAUGCUGGAGGUGCUUUCGGUAAGAUGGAAGCCGCUAGAGAAGACGAGUAUUUCCAUAAGAAGCAAAAGCAACAACUCGAAGAACUGAAGGCACAACUACAGCAAGAGAUCGAGCAUCAUGAGAAACAAGUAGAGAGCCACAAGGCGGUUUUGGAGAGACAUCGACAGCGUGUGAAAGAGCUUGAGGAAACUGUCAACAAGCAAUGA